AUGAAGGACACAAUCAUGAAGAUAUUUGGAGAACUGAACACAGCAGAAGACGCUGCACAUUUGGGAGCUCUUCCUGUGAAACAAGAAUGCUUAUAUGGAAAUCUUCAUGCUGAUACCAAGGACAGCUUGUCAAUGAAUACACGUUCAAGAAUGAAUCCUGUUGAUAAGGAUGGGAAACUCAUGAGGUGCCAUGAAUGUGAUUCAACAAGACAUUUUGCUAAUAAAUGUCCUCAUAGAAAUCAAGAGCAAAGAGGUUUCAGAUCACGGAACAAUAGACCUACAGAAAAGAAACAAGAUGUAAAUGAGAUCCAUAUCACCCUUUUUGCAGCCUCUCCAGACCAAAGGCAAUAUUGUCUUGUUGGAGAAUCCUUUGGUAGAGGUGUCUUGGAUUCUGGCUGUACAAAGACAGUGGCUGGGGAGAAAUGGAUGGAUGAAUAUCUUGGGACUCUCUCUGAAUCAGAUAAAAAUGCUGUAGUUUCAAAUAGUACUGAUUCUAUAUAUAGAUUUGGUGAUGGAAAGGAAGUGAAAGCUACAAGAAAUCUAAUAAUACCAGUUAUUCUAGGUGGCAACAAGUAUAAAUUGUCUGUUGACAUAGUAGAGAUUGAAAUACCACUACUGAUUAGUCGUAGUACCAUGAAGUCUCUCAGUAUGAAUAAGACAGAGAAAAUGAAGAAAGCUAUGAAACUGCAUCGCCAAUUCGCUCAUGCUGGCAAAGAUAAGCUACUCAAACUUGUAAAGGAUAGUAAUUUGUAUGACAAGGAAUUUUUGUCAUGCAUCGAAGAAUGUUGCAAUGAUUGUGAAAUAUGUCACAAAUAUAAAAGGCCAUACAGUAGACCAGUUGUGGGUAUACCUCUGGCAAACACUUUUAAUCAAGUAAUAUGUAUGGAUUUAAAGGUUUAUGAACAUAAUAAACAACACAUCUUACAUAUCAUUGAUGCUGCAACUCGUUACUCUGCUGGAUGUCUUAUCAAAUCGAAACAUAAAGAUGUCAUUGUCAGUAGAGUGUUUAGAUUUUGGAUUGCAUACUUCGGAUCACCAAGUACAAUCUUGACUGACAAUGGUGGUGAAUUCUCGAAUGAGGUUUUACAAGAAAUGAAUGAAAAGCUCAAUAUUGAGACAAAAACAACAGCAGGCGAAUCUCCUUUCAGCAAUGGUAUUGUGGAAAGACAUAAUAAAAUUCUGGCAGAGACCAUGUUCAAGACAAUUGAAGAUACGAAGUGUGAACCAGACGUAGCACUAGCAUGGGCCCUCAGCGCAAAGAAUUCUUUACAGAAUCAUGGUGGCUACAGCCCAAACCAAUUGGUAUUUGGCCAUAAUGUGAACACACCCACUAUUCUGACAGAUCAUUUACCAGCAUUGGAGCCAACUACGUCAAGUGAAAUAGUGAGAAAAAAUCUAUCUGCUCUGCAUAAGGCAAGGGAGAAUUUCAUUAAAGCAGAAUCCAGUGAGAGAAUUAAAAGAGCGCUGAGACAUAAUGUUAGAACAUAUUCUGAUGAGACGUAUUUGAAUGGAGAAAAAGUCUUCUACAAGCGCAAAAACACCAAGGGUUGGAAAGGUCCAGGUGUGGUUUUGGGACAAGAUGGUCAAAUGGUGCUUGUCAGACAUGGUGGUAACUUUUACCGAGUGCAUCCCUCUGAUAAGAAUGUGAUAGAUGUUUAUGAUGAUUCUGAAGAUGUAGAGCAAUAUCAUCAAGAACAAGCUAGAAAAGUAGACGAAAAUGACCAAGAAGAUUCUGGCACAAGUGAAAAUGAAGUUGAGGAAAACAGGGAUACUCAUAAAAAUAAUGAAACUGAAGAAGACAAAGGUAGUGGUGGUACAAGUGACAUUUUCAGAAGACCAUCUACAGAAUCCAAGAAAGUUGAAUCGAAACCAAAAGCAAAAUCAUACAUCAAAUACAAUCUAAAUGGAAGAUGGUAUCGUGCAAGAGUUCUCUCAGCACAACCCAAAAGAAGUGGCACUUAUAAAAAUUGGGUUAAUGUGUCUAAUGAUGGUGAUAGAAAGCCAAAAAGCAUCAAUUGGAAUGAUGUGUCCAAAUGGGUCGAGCUGGAAAAUCCGGAAUUCCCUGUCUAUAUGUGUGAUGUCGAUAUGUUUUCACAGGAAGUAGUUGAUGCGAAGGAGAGAGAAUUGCAGAAUUUAAAAGAAAAUGAUGUCUUCGAAGAAGUUCCAGACACUGGUCAAACAACUGUAUCAAGCAAAUGGGUCAUAACUGAGAAGUUCAAAGGUGAAAAAAGGGUUGUGAAAGCUAGAUUGGUGGCUAGAGGCUUUGAAGAAAAUUCACAAUCGUUGAGAACAGAUUCUCCAACUUGUGGCAAACAAAGUCUUCGACUUGCUAUGGCUAUCAUAGUUAGCAAUGAUUGGCAGAUCAAUUCACUUGAUAUCACUGCAGCUUUUCUUCAGGGAGAUGCUAUUGAAAGAGAACUGUUUCUACAACCACCAAAAGACACAUUGUCAUUGGGAACAGUGUGGAAACUAAAGAGAUGUUUGUAUGGGUUAAACGAUGCAUCUAGAGCAUGGUACAAACGGGUGAGAAGUGAAAUGUUGAAACUUGGUGGUGAAAUGUGUACCUACGACCCUGCUGUGUUUUACUGGUAUAGAGUCAAGCAAAUCACUGGAAUUGUUGUUUGCCAUGUUGAUGACUUUGUGUAUGGUGGUAGUCCAGCUUUCCACAAAGAAGUUAUUGCUAAACUUUUCGAAACGUUCAAAAUCAGUACGCAAUCAAGCUCAACCUUCAAGUAUCUAGGAUUAGAUGUGGAUCAAUGUAAAAGCAAAAUUAAGAUUAAUCAAGUGAGCUAUAUAGAGUCUUUGAUAACUGUUAAUAUUGAAAAUGAUGUUAACAAUGAACGAAAAUUGACUAGCAAGGAAAAGACCAUGCUGAGAUUGUUGAGUGGGCAAAUUGCUUGGGUGGCCGGACAAACCCGCCCUGAUGUGGCUUAUGAUAGUUGCCAAACGUCUAAUUAUGGCAAGGAACCUACAGUUCAAAAUUUGAAAGAUGCCAACAAGAUUAUUCGAAAAAUUAAGAGCAAGCAUGUUGCAAUAACCAUUGCCAAAAUUGCAAAUAUGAAAAAUUGUGAAAUUAUUUGCUACACAGAUGCAACUCAUGCCAGUUUGAAGUGUGGAUCAUCACAAGGUGCAUUCAUCAUAUUUGUGAAACACCUGAGCGAAGUUAUACCAAUCUGCUGGCAAUCAAAAAAACUACAAAGGGUAACCAAAAGCCCAAUUGCUUCGGAAACACUUGCUCUGAGUGAAGGAGCUGAUGCUAGUUUUUAUUUGGCCAAAGUCAUACAGCAAAUCUGCAAGUUGACGAAGGUUCCAAAGAUCACUUGUAUUAUCGACAACAAGUCAUUAUUUGAAACCUUGAAAACGACAAAUGUCACAAAGGAUUUGAGAUUGCGAGUUGAUAUAGCCAGAUUGAGGCAGAUGGUGGAACAAGAUGAGAUUACUGUCAAGUGGGUUGAAGGAAAACACCAAUUAGCCGACUGCUUGACAAAACAUGGAGCGUCUCCAAACAAGUUGCUUGAGGUUUUGGAGACAUCCAAAAUAUCUCUACAAUAA